UCUCGGCUUGUUUGUAUUAAUAAUCUUUUAUUAUCAAUUUCAAGAGUUACCUUGCAUUUAUAAUAGACACACUGUCCUCAUCAGAAGACAUCUGUCUAUGAUAAAACCUUAUUAAGUAAUGAUCUGUUUCCCAGAAAAUUUUAUGUAGCUUUUGUUUACAUGUAAUACUUAUGCUGUCAUGGUUCUCAGUUCUAUGUGCUUUGAUGAAAUAUCUUUGUUUUUCUUUACAUAGAGAGUAUACAAUCUAUAGAUAGAGAUUGUAAAAGAUGGCACCAAAAAAUAUCAUUAAACUUUGUGAGUUCUGGUUGAAGUUAUGUUUAUAUAUUGAAAACUUUAUUAAACCAGCGUUGUUGAAUGUAUUGCACAAUGUGAACAACCGUGGGUCAUACCAAGGUUUACCGUCUGAUCCAAACCGAUUAUAUAACGACUUGCGAAACCAUCUUGCCAAAUUAACUAAGUUAAAAGAUAAAAAGAUUAUAAACAGCGAUCAAUGGUUGCUUUUAUUUCCUGGUAAUCAGCAAACUGACUCUUCAAAAUUUGAUACAACAUUAAUUAUAUUGUUAAUUAUCAAUUGUACAACUUUUCCUCCUCCAAAUGGAGGUUGGAAACAAAAAUGUCCAGCAGCAACUGACACAACAAUUGGUGCUUUUAUUUUACAUGCAAGGGAAUUUAGAAACUUGAUUAUUCAUUAUGCCAACCCUGAUACUUUAGAAAAGUCAGAAUUUAAUAACAUCUGGUCGCAGGGUGACAAGAUUUUAAAUGGACUUGGAUAUACUGAAGAUACAAGUGGAUUAAAGCAUGAUUCAAUUGAUCCAACAAGGGUAGAUUAUUUUAGAGUGUUUCUGAAUCAUCUACAAUGUUGUCAAGAACAAUUGCAACGCAUAGUCGAUGAAAAUACAACUGAUAUCUCCAAUCUUCAGGGUUUAGCAAGAGAAGUAAUUGAAAUUAAAGAGAAUACAUCCAGCAUUAAAGAUUGUAUAUCCAACCUUAAAGAAGAUGUAAAUAAGGGUAAAAAAGAGCUGAACGUCGAAAUUGCCAACAAAAUAAACAAUGUGCUUGCAAGAAUUCAUCAUUUAAAUGAAACAUAUGAAAAAGAAAUUGCAGAAUUAAAUAACCGAGUCCUAUCCGUGGAAGAAAAACAGAAAAAGUAUGACAGGGGAAUUGAAGCGCACACAAAUAUCCUAAAUGAUCAUGAAAAAAGAUUAGGCAAGCUUGAAAAAGAAGGCUGCCAUAGUCCUUUCUUGGAAAAAGCUGCUUCAGACAUACCAAGUUAUACACUUUUCGAAAAUCACCAAAGUAAUCUCGUCGUAAAGUUUGAUGAAAAUUUCUUCAUACAGCAUAUACAGGCCACUAUUACUAACAACUCUCUGAAAUAUUCAAAACAGCUGGAAAUAGAUACCGAUUAUGUUAUGGAAACAAAGAAUGGAAAGUUACUUCUGAUGAUUUACACCAGCAAUAUGCAUCAUAUGAGUGACUUGUCAAUCACUUUAAAGGACAAUAAAAACAAAUUUACUUGUGUUUCGAUUAAAGAUAUUGAACUAGCAACUAUACAUAAAUGUGUAGCAAGCAAUCAUUUAAAUGUUAUAACACACAACAGUGGUGUAAUAUCUAAACAUAUAGAGUCUAUUUUAAAGAAGGAAACAAAAGAAGCAGAUGUCGAAUUUAUAUGUGGUGGAAGCCUUCAAAGAAUGUCAGCCAAAAAAUACGAAGAGUACGAAAAGAAUUACUCUUGUCGUUAUUUCACCAUCAAUGGCAAGUGCAUGGAUGAACCACUUCAAUUUCCACCUCCAAUCUGUAACCAAACCACUUCUGUAUUCGCACAGAAAAUAAAAGAUGUUAUACCAAAGUUAAAAUACCGUUUAUUUACCAUAUUUACACAUUAUGAUACCAAAGAUCAUAUCCAAUUUUUAAAACUAAAUGAAGAAUUUCCCUUAAACAACAAUGUAUCUAAUGAUAACCGAAUACUACUGGUGUUUUUUAAUACAAUCAUAAACAUUAGGUACAGCAAUACAACCAACGCGUUUGAUAUACAAGACGAGUUUAAAGCAGGCGAGACAGACUUGAUGGAACUGUCCCUAAUCAAUAAAAAAAAUUUUAAAAAUGGCAAUUGGGCAAUGGUUAAUGUUGUAGCUGCACCAAAUUUUGAAGUCAGCCAAGAUACUGAAGUAUGUGUUAACUGCAACUUGCUCUGUAAGAAAACAUUAUCUGAGGAGAGCAAGAUUCUGGACUUUUUUUCUAAACUUCUACAGAAUGCACAUGAGAAAAGCAGCAGUGCUAAUGCAAAAGAGCAAUAUAUCACAAUGGUUAGCAAAAUCAUGUGCUUUAUGGCCACACGUAAAGCACUUUAUACUGUUCCUUCACUUAGUGAUAAUAUUCACGAGCAAAUAAGUUCACUGAUACUAAGUAUACAGCAGCUUCGAAUUUUGUAUAGCAAAUGUCAGAAGAAAAUUAUAACUGGUCCGUUAGGUAGUGGCAAAACUGUUUUAGGGUUAUCUCACUUAGAACUUGCUUAUGAAUACUGUAAAGAAAACUCCAUCAUUUUCUAUGUAAUUUGGGAUGACAAAACAUUACUAAAACAAGACGUUUUCAAUUAUGCCAAUAGAUUUAAUUACAAGAGCAAGGUUGAUGUGAUAGUUACGGAUAUUGUUGAGUUAGCAAAGGAUUUAAAUAUGCAAAAGGUUCCGACACCUUUUCAGUUACUCAAGUCGUUAGUUCAGAAACACGUUGGCAAAAAGCUGCAUUUUAUUCUUGACGAAUUUAAUGGUGAGAUGCUUGGAAUUGAAGAGGCCUUAUCGCUAAAGCAAUACUUCAAAAUGGAAGCUAAGUUGGAAAACUCUUUUAUUGUUCUCUUGCCACAAUCCAUUGAAAAGCAUAGAUCCUUCGUUUCGCAUGAAACAAUCACAAAGCAUGACAAAUAUAAAUAUGAGGAAACAGGGUUAAAGUUAUAUAAGCUUGACAGGGCGAUGAGAACAUCUGAAUUGAUCUUUCAAUUUUUAAGAGCUUUCGAAAAUAAAGCAAGCAAAGAAAAAACGACCAUUAAACUUCCUUUAAAAGAUUCUCAAGCUAAAGCAACCAAAGAAGCUAAGCAGAAGAAUAAUACUGGGUUUUUUCGGAAAAUUCUACUAAAGAUCUUUGCAAGAAAAACAACACCCCGUAAGCAAGAACAACAAAAAUCAGUGCAAAGUCCAAACCAAUCACAACAACAACCACAUCAUUUGCAGCAACAACCACAUCAAUCGCAGCAACAACCACCACAGCAACAACAACCAAAAGAAAAUACUAUGCAUCACAUGGAAUUUGGGGAGAAGGAUAUAGACGGUCAUUUUGAGGCUCCAAUUGAUAUUGAUCGUGUUGCAGCGGCAAUCCAAGAUGAACAUCUUUCAGCAGAUGUAAGAACUGAUAUACAUUUUAAUUUUAAUUCAGCAGCGUUUAUUGGUCAUAAUAUAAAAGGUACCAAACCAUUGUUGAUACAUCCUGAAGAAAAGAAAACAGAAGAAGAGUUCAUUGCAACGUUAGCUUUAGUUCUUCAAGACAUUUGCUUGCAUUACAAUGCGAAGCGUUUAUUUAUUUAUAACACAUAUCAUCAAAUGACUAUAUUUUACAGAUUGCUGAAGCUAUUAAAAAUAGAAUUUUUGCAAUAUGACGAGUCUACUGACUGGAAAAUUUUAAAAAGCAAUGAAGAAAUCCCUAAUCUUUUGCAAUAUUCAAGCUACAACAUACUUACUACACCUGAAGGUAGUCGUGGCAUGGAAGCAAGUGAGUGCAUCUGCUUAAUUGAAAACAACGACUGCACAUUGAAACAUUUAACAUUGGAAUCGAUGUCUAGAGCUACACAAAACCUAAUCAUUGUUUCAACGUCCAACAUUAACCAAUCAAAGUUGGAUUUUUCAACUGGACACAUUAUCAGUGAGCUUCUGUCUUUGUAUUUAAUGGAAUAUCUUGUGACACAUUCUAAAGAUCUAGACACCGAAAAACCAUACACAAAUACUACAAACAACAAUGCCGGUAAAGUAGUUUUCAACGUUAAUACACGGUCAUGGCAAUUUGAGGAGUUGCUAAGCAACAUUAAAGAUAUUAAUCCUCCAGAAACAGUCCUUGAAAUUAAAAAUGUGACAGAAAUAAUUUUUAAAAACCUUCAUCCUCCCGAAAAGGUUGACAAGAUAACCUGCUUCUGUUUGUCAGAGAAAUCAUGUGAAUUACGUUGGCAGCAUAGUGCUGAUAAAUAUACAGUUAAAAAGAAAAGCAACGAUUUCGAUUGGAAAAUUUUGGCAAGUGGUAUUACAUCUAACACAUUCAUCGUAGAUGACAUCAGUAUAGGAGAAAUUUGCACAUUUUCAGUGGUUGCUAGUAACCAAGUGGGUCAAUCUGACGACAGCAUUUUUUCAUACCAUCAUAACUGGCGUCCAACGUUUGAAGGUAAGAAGAAUAUUUGUCAUUAUAUCAAAUCUUAAGGCCUUUGAUAUGAAUGUAACCGUAAAACACGGUGCAUUAUUAUAUUUAUUUGAUUUUCUGUGUGCAUGACAUGUGAAAGAUACUUAUUUUGGAUUAUUAAACAUAACUUGCAUUCCAUUUAAUAAAAAUAAUGACAAAAUAAACUUAAUGGCAGCUGUAAAUGGUUAAGGAGAUGUGAUAAAAAGAUUUUAAUUCAAAUUGAAGCAAAUAUUGUUACCAAAAAAAAACCCAGACCAUAUUUUGUGUGGGGUUUUUCAAACAUAUUAUGAUUAAGGGGGAUUCCACCCGAUCAAUAUCUUUUUUUAUAGACUUAUAUAGACACACAUAUGUAGUACGUCAUUAAAGGAACAAAAUGGCAGCAUUAAAUUUUUCCUUGUAUCAGCACUUUUUCUGUGAUGUCUUGAAAUUUGUCUAACAUACCAAUAUUCAAAAAGCUUAAUUUUACAUAUAUAUGUUUAUAGUUUCUGAGAUCCAAAUAAAGUUAUUUAACAUAUUCUCCAGUGUUUGCAUAGUUCACAUGAAAAAAUGCAAAAAGUGCCCGAGAAUUUGAAAAUCUCUAUAAUAGCCGUCGUCUGUCUGUCUCUGCGCAACAUGGUGUCGCAAGUAGCAAGACAUACGGAAAAUCCCAGCGGAUCCACGGCGGACCCCGUUUUUACCGGCCUUGUUUUGAUCGCUUACGCGUAAUAGACCAAUCACGAGGCUCCAUUUUUACUGAUGACCAAUCCAAGUGCUUCGCGGCCUCAGCAUGUCGACGGAGGAAACAUGCUACCCCUACAAAGGUCAUUUUGGUUUGGAAGUGACGUUUGAAAUUUGUAUGUCUCCUUUUGAACGAGGGUGCCGAUACGCUGCAUACGCUGGUAAAAGUGCGGGCGUUUUCGGGCGAGUUCGCCGUUGUAUUCACCCGAAAAAACCCGCAUAGGCCCGAACAAUGGCCGAAAAGAAAAAAAAACAGACAAGGAUGUGAUUCAAAAAAACUAUAAAAAUUAAAAUAAACUUACUAUGUGGUAGCGAAGUUCUUAAAAGAACUGUUAUUGAUGGUUUUUGAUAAAGUUUACUUUAUAAAUAACUUAUAUAUAAACUUUAUUAACUCCUUUCUCUUCAAGCGCCUCCUUCCCAGCUAUGGUCCGCAUGGUUUGUUACAAGGAAUUGCAUUUCAGGAAUGGUUCGGGCGGUUUCGGGGGACAACCGCCAAUUUUAUUCGAAAGGUCGCCUGAACUCGCCCGUAUAUAUGCAGGCGUUUGCGCCUUAUCGGCACCCUCUUUCUUUCGAUCCUUUUUUGUUCUGAGUACUUUGUAUCCUAUGGGAUUAUUUAGUUUCUGUGUGUUUUCACAUGUUAAGGUGAGUAUAACAUGACGUUUUCUAGCCAUGUAUAAAUCUUAAACAAAACAAUUUUAGGUGUUUAGCUAGCUAAAAACGUAGAUUUUGAGGCAGCUAGCUAUAGCUAUCUUUAUUUUUAUUCCUAUUCUUUUAAAGUUUUUUUCGAUUUGGUAUUUUGCGGAUGCCAGAAAUUUCGUAAAUCGAAAGUCGGAAAAAACCUGAUUUAGUACGUAAGUGUAUGAAAAACAUCCGAUUUAUGGAAUAUCAUCUCUAUUUUUCAUCAAAAUAUCAAAAAAAGAAUACUAACCCUAUAAUAAUAACUUAUAUUAUUAUAUACCUGUCAACUCUUUUUUUAUAUACAAUAAAUCUAAAUGUUCCAUACAACCACACAGUAACUGGUAAUUUAUCUCCUCUAAUUAUUAAUGCGGCAUGUUCAAAAUAAUUAUUUUUUCGGCCGCACUAAAUUAGAAUAAUUACGAUAAUACAGUCAGUAUAUGUUUUUUUUUCAAAAAGCCUCAAGUCUUUUAAUCCACUUUUGCAUAAAAAAACGGGUCAUGAACUGUUACGUACAUUAUAAAAUGUUCCACAUUCGAAGCGGUAGUUGCGUUCACUUCGUUUUUAUCUAUUUAACUAAUCGUUUUUUUGUGGUUACUCAAAAAACUGCUGGUUUUCUGUUGGCUAAUUCAAAAUUCUGGUGAUUCUCUGGUGGUUACAUCAAAUUACUGCUGGUUCCUACUUUUAGGAAAAGCGUUAUAUCCCAGUGGACUUAAUCACACAAGUUAGUAAUUUAAUAAACAAAAAGUGCUAAUCAACACUUUGGUGGCUAAUCAAUACUUUUAAUUGAGAAUACGUUUGUUUACAUCCCGGCGGACUUAGUCACACAAGUUUGUAAUUUACUGAACAAAAAUUGCUAAUCGACAUUUAUGGCUGCGACCGUAGGACUACAGUAAAAUCUGACUACACGCUGACUGAAAUUUUAGCAUUAGCGUUAUGUAGCUGGCUCAGUAUUAUAAUUGUGUGCAUGUAUAUACAACGGCGCCAAAACUAGUUCUAUUUUGCAGUUCUCUAAUUAUUGGUGGAUUGAGAAAGUUUUGUAAGAGGAUUUGUAUCCGAGAUCGGAAUCGGAUGGUUCUUGGUUUUAAAGCCAAUGAUUUAAAGGCCCGAAUAGACGGAACAAUUUUGUAGAUCAAUUUUCGAAAAAAUUUAUUUGUCGGAAUAUUGUUGAAAAAAAUACACGCAAAAAUUUUAGGUUAAUAAUUAUUCAAUUCUUAAAUUGAUUUAAUAUUUUUGUAUACAUACACGAUACAUUAUGAAGAACAAUCUGAAUCCAAUUUACAGUAAAAUGCCGAAAUCAAGCGCAGCGCUUAUCAGUGGUGAUAGCAAGAUUUUGAUGCGCUUAUCUGAGGGUAUCAGAACGAACAUCACUUUGUUCUUACUCAACACUAUCUUUUGUAUCCAAUGAUAAAUGAGUGGCGAAUUUUCUUUUAUAUAAGUAUUAUUUUAUAUAUAAGUUUUAUUUAUAUAAGUAAAACUAUAUAAAAUUUCGCAUUUUAAGUAAAACAGACAUUGUAUUCUAUAUCUUAUAUAUUUUUUUUUCCCUAUAUGCGCUUAUCUGAGGGGGUGCUUUUAAACGGGAAUAAAAUCUUGUAACUGUAUUUCCUUCACGUGAAGGAUUUGCUCCGUCACAGAAAUAAAAGGGGAGCUUAUAACACAAUUCUGAACGAAUUAAAAUUAGUGGUGUUUGAUACGAUCUAAACAUACUUUGUAAAAAAAAAUUAUAUUACUAUAAAAUUAUAUUACUAUAUAUACUUAUAUUAUAUAUUACUGAUAUUUAGUCGCGUUUCUCUUCACUACUAUUAACUCUCUUUUACGUGCAUAAACACAUUUAAAAAGAAUGAAAAGAUAAGUGUCGAAAGAAAGUGAGCAGACGCCGGUUUUCUUUGAAAUAAUAGACGAAAUGACGACGAGAACGGCAACCACGACAAGCGCAAAAGGAGCUUAUGCGCAUGCGCAAACAGGGGACUGACGUGAAAAAUGAUAUUUUGGCGUUUUGGGAAAACGUGAGAAGGAAAUGGCUGGCAGAGUGUUUAUAUUUGAUAAACAUGCAGAAUCAUCACCUUUUCACAGGUGAAUGAUGCAGAAGAGUUGUAUAUUUUAGCAUUAUUUUCAAUAUCAGGUCGAAAGUCAUUAAUCUCUAUGCUUGUGUGUGUGUGUGUUUGGAUUUUUAAAGGUUUGUUAUCAAAAAUAUUUGGUCAGUUCAGCCAAGGAGGUUUAAAGAGAAAAGGAGAUACAUCUCAGCAACGUCCAUUUAAAUUCUAUUCAAAUUUCUUUUGUUUACGUGCUCCUUUUAAGCCAUCCGUUGCGCCACUUUAGCUGUAUUUUUAUAUGCCGAGUGUGAGACGAGUGUUUUAACGACAAAGCAGAAUUUUCAAAAAACAUAUUAAAAGCUAUACCGAAAAUAAAUAAAACACAUGGCUCUGUUGAGCUAUAAGAAUUAAUGCUGGUGAAGUUUAUUAUCCCCACUUGCAAAACGAUUUAGCUGGUAUUUGGUGUCAAAUGGUUUCCCUGAGAUAUGAUAUAAUUUUAUAUCUUGUAGAUGUUUCUCUAUGUUCCCUUCUAGCACAGCGUCAGUUAAAAGAUUGAUAAAACUUUAAAAAAUAUUACUGCAGGAGGGGUUGCAUAUUAGUACAUAUUUUUUUCUUCAAAGUUAUUGAAUUUUCGGUAUAGAAUCGGUGCUCGGUGACUAUUGUUUCUUUCAUAGAACAAAAGAAAAUAUUAAUCAUUCGUUACGAUCUCUAAUUAUGCGUUUUUCGUUGGGGAAUGUUUUACUUUUAUUUCUUCGCGUUUUUGUUUUCUAAUAUUGUUUUUUUAUCUUUAAAAUACCAUAAUUUCCCUCAUAUUCGGCUGAUUUUACUUAUUUUCUGCAUGUACCACCAGAAAUGUUUAAAAACUGAUUUUAAAGCUUGGUUCUCACUAUGGGCUAACGAUGAGCUAACCAUAGUGCGCAUGUUGUGUUAGCCGAUUUCAAUUUUUGAGCUACAGGUACCUGAUAUGUUCAUUUCACGUUCACACAACAGCGCAUCGUUAGCUCUUUUGUAGCCGAAACUAAAACGAGAAGGAGCUAUGAAAAAGAAAGAACGAAAAAAAGUCUUGUUGCUAUUGUUACUUCGAAGAGGACGACGUAGCCUAGAAAGAAGAGCAUUAACAAAAUUGCAAAGAAGGAAAAGAUUUUGGGUCAGAGAAAUCUUUCUUAGAAGAAAAGAGCUUGGAGAAUACCAUCGUUUAUUUCAAGAACUUAAAGUUUCCGACAGAGAGUAUUUCUUUAGGUAAAAUUAUGUUCGCUGAUCCUACAGUCAGUUGUAUUUGCAUAUCACGAUUAGGGUAUCGGUGUUAAUUUUAUUAAGGUACUUGCGCAUGUCACCGGACCGAUUCGAACAUCUGUUGUCGUUGGUUGGUCUAGUAAUUCAAAGACAAGACACUCAUAUGAGAGAAUCGAUAUCAGCGGAACAGCGGCUGUUCAUUACCAUAAGGUAUCUAUCAAGUGGUGAUGCUCAGCAAUCUUUAUGCUAUUCCUUCCGUAUUGGCAAAUCAACAAUAUCAUCAAUUAUUUCGGAAACGUGUAUUGCAAUCUACGAGCAGCUCAAAAUCAAGUAUUUGAACGCUCCAAAUUCGCAGGAAGAUUGGCUAAGAAUUGCAGAUACCUUUGAAGCGAAUUGGAACAUGCCACAUGUAAUAGGAGCAAUAGAUGGGAAGCAUAUCCGGAUCCAAGAUUACACUCUCGCUUGCCUCAGUCUUCAUAACUAUUUGAGACAAACCGACAACGCUAUGUAUACUCCGCAGGGUUUCCUUGACUCUGAAAGCAAAGAUGGUCAGAUUAAGGAGGGAGAGUGGAGGUCAAUGAGAAAAAAUCUUACAACGAUGUUUCAAAACCUAAAUCCGAUUCGCGGGUCUAGAUAUAGUAAAGAUGCCCUUCAAAUGAGGAAUACUAUUACAGAUUAUGUUAAUAGUGCUGUUGGUGUAGUUUCGUGGCAAUACGAUUAUAUAAGGAGAACAAGUCACCACUCUUUCGGUUUUUAGUUUUUAUAUAUUAUGAAAAACGGUUAUAUAUUACAUGUACACUGUUUCAUUUGAUGCCUAGUGUAAUAUUUACAAGAAAAAAUAUUUUAAUUAUGCACCAUUCGCGUGUAAAAUCCAUUCCCCGGUGUACUCAUUGCAUCAUUUUGGUUUGAUGCAGUUGGUGUAACAAUACUAUUGUGAACUGGACUAAAAUGUGCCAUUUGGUAUUUAAAUAAAACUCCUUGAAUUUCGUGUUUCACCAAAAUAUAUUCCCGCUCUGAAAGCUUUCGCAAAUCAGCCGCCAGUGACUUCACAUACAAAUCGAUUGCAUCCAUCUCUUUUUCGGUGGAAUCAGCCUUAAUUGAUUUACCCAAAUCACGAAUUAAAUUGAGUUCCAUGUCAUCGAGGUAUUCGUUUUUGUUUGUUCUUCUUCGUUUUGCAGCGUCCUUGUCAUCUUUCGCUUGUCCGUUUGCAGGUCGACCUCUUUUUUUUAGAGUGCGCUGUUGUUGCUGUGGCACAGGUGAGGUUAAGGAACUUGUCCUACUGAAGGUUUCAGAUGCCCCAUCGUCGUUAUCGUCCUUAUUUUCGGUGAGAUCAACGGGCAACUCCGUGUCUUCAUCUCCCUCUUCAUCAGAACUAUAAUCCGUAUGAAUGUUGCUUCUACCCUCACGGACGUAUAUGAAGUUAUCUAGCCAGGAAAGAUAUUUGUACAACUCCAAAGCCUUUUCAGCUUUUUCACUCUCUUUGGUGGAUGUGCCAGAUUUUUUUGACUUCUUAAAAUCAUUCUUCUUUUUAUUAUACCUUUUUCGAAGCUUCUCAAAGGAGGUCUUGGCAGCAUUCCCUAGGAGUAAAAACAAUAAUCUUUCGUAAUUUUCCAGUAUGCGUUUUUAACAAGAAUACUUUAAAGCUGGUAUGACUUGAAAAAACAGAUAAUACACAUUGCCAAUUUGCACUUACCAUUUUCAAGGAAUUCGAGAGAAUUAGCCACUUCUUCCCACGCAUUUUUUACACAGUCUUUUUCUUUGUACCCCCUAUCCGUUUUGUCAAAAAGACAGGGAUAAUCUUUCACCCUGAAUGCUAACUUUUCUUCUUCUUCAAACGAAAGUUUUUUUAUUUUGUCAGCCAUUUAAGUUUUGAAAUGACCUUUUACAACGAAGCAUACUACUAUUUGUAAAAAAAUAAAUCGCUUUGAGCACGAUUUAUGUCGGCUUCCUUUGAAGAUCGCUGAAAGUGAGCUUAUCUCACUGUUAUCCGAAAAAAAAAUAUCAAAAAAUUUUAAUUUCGAAAAAUCGGCUAACGAUGAGCUAACGAAGAUUUUAGCGAAGAGCUAAGCAGGUACUUUUACGUUCACACUAUGGGCUAAGGUCUUAGCGCAUCAUGCGCACUAUCAACGAUCAAAAUACAAAGCAAACGAGUUUUUACCGCUAGAAAAAAUAAUUUAUAAUUAUGCAGAAAUAACAAUGAGCAACGGUUACUUUUAUAAUUUACGCGCGAGAUUUUAAAAAAAUUUGUUUACAAAAUUGAAUUUGAAAACAAUGCAGCAACCUGCAAAUCGGCAACGGAUGGUUUUAAUAGAAACUGUGGAGAUGUAUCUCCUCUUUUUAAACCUCCUUGGUUCAGCGAAACUAUGAAACAGAAAAGGAGCAAUCCAUUGCAAUGGUGCAGGCUCAACGAUCAUUAUUGUUAAAAUUGCUGUAAAAAAAGACAUUUCCCUAUAAACACGUGUUACAUCUUCAUAAACAUUUUCUAUUAGCUGUUGAUAUAUAAACAUUGUUUUCUGUUGAUAAACAUUUUAAAUUCUGUUGAUAUAUAUAUUUUAUACUUUUUUUUUCUGUUGAUAUACUGUUUUAUUUAUACAUUUUUUAUUCUGUUGAUAUUGUUUACAUCAUGUAUACAAAUGUUACAAUCUGCUUUUAAUUAAAAGGGUAUGUUUGCUUAAUGUGUGAAGUAUUCCUCAAUGAUAGGUGGUUCACAAUCAAAAAAAUUCGAAGUAAUUGACCCAUAGAAACAGCAUCUUGCAUUGUGUAACAAUACACACACAAUAUACAUUUUAGCCACAGGGCUCAUCCCAAUCUUCAGAUUUUUUUUGAAGUCCAUGAAUUUGAAAAAAUUGAUUAUGUCUCCAAACACCCACUCAACAGACAAUCUAACUGAGCUCAUUCUUGUGUUCCACAAUUUUAGCACCUUUGAAACCUGAUUGCAGGUGAACUCUCAGGUGUUAUGCUGGAUCACCAUAAAUACAUAGAGGCUGGUUAUUUCUAUCGAAUGAAUGUUGACGAACUUGAUUAAAUAAGCCAGAAUCUGCUAACAUACCACUAUCAUGCCUCCUCCCCUCAACAGGACCAUAAAGGUUUGCUACGAGACCAUUUGGUGCAACUACGGACUGGAAUUUAAUGCAAUGGUAUCUUUUGUGACCAUUUGUGAAGCAAAAAGCCCCAAUUCUCAUAAAUGACAUUUAGAAUAUGAUUUGAUAUCAUGCCUAUUUGAGGGACUGGCCUUCCAAACCUAAACAUAACAUCUUGGUACCUAAAAGGGUAUGCAAAUCUCUUCAAAAAUAUGCAAAGAGCUUCUUCUUUUUGCACAACCACUCCAUUGUAGCAUCUGACUUUGUCAGGCAGUUCAAAAACGUCACAAAGGCGGUAUAUGUCCCCUUUACAAAAUCUGAAUUCACCUUUAUAGUCAUCUUCAUUCAGUAAAUCCAAAUAAAAUUUUUCCUAGUUGUUAUAGCGAAGGUCAAGAUUCGAAGAUCUGUUUAGGUCAUAGAGGAGUAAACAUCCGUCAUCAUGUCUUAAGUUUUGGCAUAUUUCGAUUAAGUAAACAAGAGAAAACGUAAUGUAAGUUUCACGGAAGUCGAGAGCGGCGACGGCAACGGUCGAAAAAACUUGUGCUCCCGUUGACGUUUCGGUUUUCGUCGUCAUUUCGUAAAUCCCUAAUAUUGCUCAGACAAAAAGCUUUUUUCAUAACAUUUGUUUGUGACUACUUUGUUUGCAAGACCAAUAUUAAGAAUUGUAUAAGAAUAAUUAUAUAUUAAUUUAAUAUGAAACCAUGAGUUAACCAAAAUAUUAAAGCAAGGUCAGGCUAACAUAGGUUGAUUCUAGUUCACGGUGAAAGCCUCACGGGAUAACCUAGAGUCAAGACUGUCUGACCAAAAACAGGUCGGCCCAACAUAGGUUGAUUCUACUCGGUGAAAACCUCAAGGGUUACCUAGAGUCAAGACUGCUUAACGCAGGUCAGGUCAACAUAGGUUGAUUCAAAUCCCGUUAUGAGACAUGAUAUUGAUAUUGUCAAUAACGAAAAGUAGCAAAAACAAGGCGGAAUUUCGAUCUUCGGAUUCCGGGUAAAUUCGACAAAAUUCGAUUUUUAUUCUCGGGAUUUUUUUGACUAGCUCGCGUGACAAGGUUAACCUAGUCUAAAUCCGCGCCUGACCGUAGUUCAAGUCCUUGAUUCUUUACAACAAAUUUCACAAUAGGAAAGAAAUAAUUCAAUAAAUCGUGUAAAUAUAAAGAAAAAUGGGUGUUUUGUUGCUGACGAAGCUUGAUAAUUGCGUUCAUGUUUAAUCGCGUCAAUUAUUUCGCAGUUUUAGUAGGUGAGGAAGUUGCAAAAAAAAUAAUUGUCGGUAGCUUGAGAAAGAAUUGUAAGAGAAUUCAUAACCUAGAUUGUUCUUAUUUCGUAAGAAAAUUACGAAUUAGGCUGUUGUUCUGAAACAAAUGAUUGAGUCGAGGCUAUGCUUGUUCUGUCUCUAUUUUUCGGCAAAAUCCGAGGCCUUGUCUUCUUAAUAAUAUUGUUCUUAUAAAACUUGUGCACCAAAAGUCAAAAAUUAAAAAAACAGAAGUGGUUCCGGAAGCGGGAAAUAUAUUUUUGUCGAUAUACAGACUAUUAGCGUAAAAAUAAAAAAUUGAAAUCACGUGUUAAAAAAUUUCUUUGACGCGCCUCAGAGGAAGGAAUACAGACAAAAUCGAAUAUUUUGUAUACAAUUUUUCUAUUUUUAAAAGCAUAACUUUCUUCCCUAAGUAAAAAAUUUU